UGGAAAACACAAACACAAACCCUAAACUCGAUUCAGAACACAGAACUAGCUUAUGUCUCAGAGGCCCAACGUUCCUCACUCCUCCUCCAUAGCUUUCUCCCUCCAUUCCCACCUCCUCGUCUCCAGUGAAAUGAACUCCACCUCCAACUGGUCUUAAUUCUUCAGUUCCUCUCGAUCUCCUAACUAACACCCCAAUUUUGCUUCUUUAACUCUAAAGAACCAUUCUUUCAUUCUUUCUCUAACCACCCAAACACUCAAAACAAGUUUGAAAUGGGCGUCAAGGGUUUCGUUGAGGGAGGCAUAGCUUCCAUUGUGGCCGGCUGCUCCACCCACCCAUUGGAUCUCAUCAAGGUCCGAAUGCAGCUCCAGGGCGAAAAGGGCUUACCCGCCCCGGCCCUUCAGCCCGUUCACUCUCUCCGCCCUGCUUUUGCCUUCCAUUCCCAUCAUGGCUCCGCAGCAGCGGCCAUGAUGGCUCCUCCGCCGCACGCUGUGACCGUUUCACCACCGCGUGUGGGGCCGAUCUCGGUCGGAGUCAAGAUCUUCCAGACGGAAGGCGUCAAGGCCUUGUUCUCCGGCGUCUCCGCCACCGUGCUCCGGCAGACUCUCUACUCCACCACCCGGAUGGGGCUGUAUGAUAUUCUCAAGACGAAAUGGUCCGAUCCGGAAUCCGGGAACCUUCCUCUGGGGCAGAAGCUUCUCGCCGGACUCAUCGCCGGCGGCGUCGGAGCCGCCGUCGGGAACCCGGCAGACGUGGCCAUGGUGAGGAUGCAGGCCGACGGGCGGCUCCCGGAGGCGCAGCGCCGGAACUACAAGAACGUCGUCGACGCCAUAUCGAGUAUGGCGAAGCAAGAAGGGGUGACAAGCCUGUGGCGCGGGUCGGGUCUGACGGUGAACCGGGCCAUGAUCGUGACGGCGUCGCAGCUGGCGUCGUAUGAUCAGAUCAAGGAGGCGAUUCUGGAGAGGCACGUGAUGGCCGACGGACUCGGGACGCACGUGACGGCGAGUUUCGCGGCAGGGUUUGUGGCGUCGGUGGCGUCGAACCCGGUGGACGUGAUAAAGACGAGGGUGAUGAACAUGAAGGUGGAGGCAGGGAGGGAGGCGCCGUACAGUGGGGCGUUGGAUUGUGCCCUGAAGACGGUGAGGGCGGAAGGACCCAUGGCCCUCUACAAGGGCUUUAUUCCUACAAUUUCGAGGCAGGGACCCUUCACUGUGGUGCUGUUUGUCACUCUUGAACAGCUCAGGAAGGUUUUCAAGGAGUUUUGAGUUAUUUUUUCCGUUAAUGAUGAUGAUGAAAAAGAAUUAAUUGGUUACAAUUAUUGAUAAAUGCAUAUCUUUGCUA